GAAGUUUGCCGCAUAUCACAUCUGACGCAGCGCUGUCAGGGGCAAGGGCAGCAACAAUGGAGUUAUCUACGGUGCUUGCGCUGCUUGCGGUCGUGCUCCUGGUGGCCGUAAUUAUUGCCAGCACUUCUAAAAGAGCUCCUCCACCAAAGCCCGAGCCUUACAAGUUGGGCGACGUGACGCUCGAGGCGCUGCGCUACUACAAUGGCUACGACUGGACGAAGCCAGCGCUGGUGGCUAUCAAUGGGAAGGUCUACGACGUUUCGAACAAAUACGAGAUCUACGGGCCGGGCAAGCCCAGCAACGCCUUCGCCGGGCGGGAAGUUGCGCGUGCUCUGGCGCUCGGGUCAUCCGACGAGAAGGAUUUCACGGACGACCUGGCCGGCCUGACGCCGGAGCAGCUGCAGCGGCUGGAGGGGGCCGUUCAGGAGUUCGCGGCCAGCCACGACGUGGUGGGGCAGGUGGUGCCGCCGCUGGAGCUGACUCUGGAGCAGCUUGCGGGCUAUGACGGCCACGACACGGCCAAGCCCAUGCUGCUGGCCAUCAAGGGUGUGGUGUACGACGUUACCAAGGGGAAAGACUACUACGGACCCAACGGAAUCUACCCGUUUGCUGGCAAGGAGGUGGCCCGCGCCUUUGCGCUGUACUCCACUGAGCUCUCAGACUGCAAUGACAACCUGGAGGGGCUCAGCUACAGCGAGAUGGAAGCCCUGCGCGACUGGAUCGGCAAGUUCAGCUCCAAGUACACCAUAGUGGGCAAGAUUGUGGGCAAGUAGUUGGAAGCAAGGGAAGCGCGUGUUGGGUCCCAUGCAGGCCGUGAGGAUGUGUUGUGGGCGGCGGGCAGCAGGCGGGCAGGACACGUUGGGUGUUGGUUCUGCUGACGUGUUGCGAGCAAGAUAGCAUGGCGUGUGUUGGACAAUGGCGGCAGGUUGUAGGACCAGGAAGGCCGGAGCCCGUGUUGAGGAACGCCGCUGCGGGCUAACGGAGCACGCUCUCCGGAUGGGUGCAAGCGGGAUGUUGCACAGACUCGACGUUCGACACCAGGCAGACCGCAAGUAACCAACAUUUAAAUGAAGUUGCUUGUAGUUGAAGCUGCGAGGCUGAUGACAUGUGGUAGAUGUUGUGGGCAGGAAAGCGCCGUGUGGAAGGCAAGGUGGAAGGGGGUGGAGGUGGUUGAGUACCGUAAGGGGGGCCGUGGGGUCAGCCCCGAGUGCACUGAUAUGUUUUGCCCUUAUCAAACAUUUUCCCCUUAGAGUUGCCUACUGGGAUUCCCGCGCCACGAGUCAAUUGUCCAUGGAAAAUCGGAAAAUCU